CAUGUGUACAGGUGCCUGCUCCAGAGUGGUGGGGGCUGCUCUCUGGCCUUUUGCCCUCCUGUGCAUUGUGGCCAACCUUCUCCUGGCCUUUCCCAACUGGAAAACGGAGUACAUUGAGAACAGAGGCAAGCACCUCACCCCUGAGGUCCUCUACCUGGGGGGGAUCAUAGGAGGUGGAAUCAUGGUUCUGGUGCCAGCCAUCCAUAUCCAGGCAACUGGGCGCCAUGGAUGCUGUGGGAACCGCUGUGGGAUGUUCCUUUCAGUGCUGUUUGCAGCCAUUGGGCUUGCUGGCUCCCUCUACGCACUGAGUGCCUCAGCACUGGGGCUUGUGCGCGGGCCCCUCUGCAAGUACCAGCUGGCAAAUGGGAUGUCUAGUUGGGGACGCCCCUUCUGGAACGAAGAGCAGCAUCUCAGCGACGACAGUUACCUCUUUCACCGCGACCUUUGGGACAUCUGCCAGGUGCCAGAGGGGGUCACCGAGUUUAACGUGAUCCUCUUCUCGCUCGUCCUGGGCUCCAGCGUGGCAGAGCUGGUCCUCUGCGGCAUCCAGGUGCUCAACGGCCUCUUGGGCUGCCUGUGUGGGACCUGCAGCCAGGAGAAGGCUCCGGCGCAGUCUGACUGGGCCGGCGGCCCCUCCCGCUCCGUGUCCCGCACCGGCCCCCGUCCGCCUCGGGCGCGGAGGGAGCGUUUCCGCGGUGCCGCUCUAGGCGUCGCCGUCUCUACGAGGAGGCCGCUGAAAAGCCGGUUCCGGAAGUGGCGGCGGGUGGGGCGCUCCGGCACUCUAUGA